AAUGUGUACUAAAGUAGCAGUUGUGACAGGUGGUAACAAGGGGAUCGGUUUUGGGAUAGUUCGAGGACUUUGUAAGCGUUUUGACGGCAUCGUUUAUCUUACGUCCAGGAACGAGAAACUAGGAAGGAAAGCAGUAGAUGAUCUUAAAAGAGAAGGUCUUCACCCAAAAUAUCACCAAUUAGACAUCACGGUACCCAGGAGUGUCGAAGCAUUACGAGACCAUCUUAGAGUAAAAUAUUCUGGUAUAGACGUGUUAGUCAACAAUGCUGGAAUAACAAUGAGCUACGCGCCCGUGUCGAUGUCUGAGAAAGCUGAAAAAACUAUAUUUGUCAAUUAUUUCUCUCUUCUAUCGACCUGCAAUAUUCUUUUUCCGUUACUCCGUAAAGGCGCCAGGGUCGUUAACCUGUCCAGUUUGUGGGGCCAUUUAAGUCGUAUACCAAGUAAGAAAUUGGUUGAGCGCUUCCAAGAUCCGAAUUUGACAGUAUUGGAUUUAUCAGAACUUAUGGCUCAAUAUGUAGCCGCAGUCAAACAGGGAAAUUAUACAUCGGAGUGGGGUAACUCAGCGUAUGUGGUAUCAAAAGUUGGUGUGACAGCGUUGACAAAAAUACAUCAAAGAUUGUUAAAUGACAGACAUAUUAAAGUGAACGCUGUGAAUCCGGGAUAUGUCAAGACGGAUAUGACUUCACAUGAAGGAUUCAUGUCUAUAGAUGAGGGAGCUGAGGCGGCUCUGUUCUUAGCCUUGGAUGCACCAGAUAACAUCAGAGGAGAAUAUGUUUGGUACAACAAGAAAGUAGUCGAUUGGAGCGGAGAAAUACCACAGUAA